AUGAAAGGUUGGCACAAGCGGAUAACUAAGGACCAAGAAGUGGAAAUAAGGGAUUUAAAGUUUGAUCUUCAAGAGGCCCGCAAUGCUGGACAAGAAGAACGCACAAGGAGGCUAACCGCGGAAGAAGCACUUUUACAGCGCACUGAUGAGCGUCAUAGAGCACUUCAAGCUUUGGCCGUGCUUAGGCAAUUACUACUAAGGCAAAAAGAGUUAUGUGAUGCUGCAAGGGAUGAAAGGGACUAUUGGGAGAGACAAUACACAAUUGUUUCUACUGCUUAUGAGCACGUGAGCAUGGUUCCUAAGAUGCUUGAAGAAUACGAGAAAUGCCGCGAUAAUUAUGACAAGCUAGUUUACUUGUGCAACGAUCUAAUCCUAGACAUCCCAAGGAGUUUGGCAAAGGCGGAGACCUCUCUUGUUAUCCUUCCCAAAGAAGUCAAGGAAUUCAUAGAGCUUUGUAGAGAUAUGACAAACCCUAUGCCCCGUCAUGAUGGCACAGUCAAUGCAAUAGAGGUAGUCACCGAGCAAGAGUUUGUUCAACAACGGAGCUCCCCCAUAGAUGCCCUUAAGAGGUAUCUACUUGCAAAGGGGUUCGUCCUCGAACAUAACGAAGCCUUUAAGACAACCUUGCAAAGACUCGUGAAUCAAGGGGUAGUUCAGUUUAAAGAAUAUCCUGAGGAAGAGUAUGUGGCCAUGCUGGACAGGAAUGAACCGUUAAUGAUACCAAGACAAGGGGCAAGGAAGACGUUGAUCAUCCCUUGCGCCAAAGCCACACUGCUGAUACCCGCACAAGUACACACUAGGAUUAUCCCAGUCAGGGAUCCAUAUCCUGUGGACAAGAUGAAGGCAGUUCCAUGGGAAUAUGAGUCUAAUGCUAGUACCGAUGUGACAAACAUCGUCGGGCCUGGGGGUAUGACUCGUAGCGGUCGCAUAUUCAAUACUGCUAAAUCAAAAGAGAAUUCAGCACAAGCAAAUGAUCAAGCUACUGUGGUCCCUACUGAAAGAAGCACACCCAUAGACAAGGAGAUCACUAACAAAGAUGCCGAAGAAUUCUUGGCAUUAAUCAAGAAAAGUGAUUAUAAGGUAGUGGAUCAGUUGCACCAAACUCCAUCCAGGAUAUCACUCCUCUCGCUGUUAAUCCAUUCAGAAAAACAUCGAGACACCCUGAUGAAGAUCUUGAGUGCUGCCCAUGUAACCAAAGACAUCACUGUAAAUCAAUUUGAUGGAAUGGUGGCUAAUCUUACUGCUGGGACAUGCUUAAGCUUCAGUGAACACGAGUUGCCCUCACAAGGGAAAGAGCAUAACAAAGCCCUGCAUAUCUCCAUACAAUGUGGGAAAGCUCAUCUGUCUAGAGUGCUGAUCGACACAGGAUCGUCAUUAAAUGUGAUGCCAAAGGCCACCUUAGACAAGAUAGAUUUGGAAGGACUGGUAAUAAGACCAAGCCGUCUGGUGGUCAAAGCCUUCGAUGGGUCGCAAAGCCCGGUGUUUGGAGAGGUGGACCUCCCUGUGGUAAUAGGCCCUCACACUUUCUGCAUCAAUUUCCAAGUGAUGGAGAUUGAGCCUGCCUACACAUGUUUAUUAGGACGCCCUUGGAUCCAUGCUGCUGGGGCAGUUACCUCUACUCUGCAUCAAAAGGUGAAAUUUGUGGAUGGAAACUCUAUAGUAACCGUCAGUGGGGAGGAGGACAUAUUUGUCAGCAAUCUAGACUCAUACCGAUACAUUGAGGCUGGGGAAAAGGCAUUAGAGACUUCGUUCCAAGCACUAGAGAUUGCCACUGCUGUCACACUACCAAUUGAGAAAACACGAAGGGCGGUGACAUCCUGGAGAGACCUGCAAGACACAAAGAUGGAAGGCUGGGGAAAAAUUCCAGAAGUACAAGAGAAGAAAGAUCGUCUGGGGUUAGGAUACCAACCAACAAAGAAGGCUGCAAAGGAAGAGCAACGAUUCCCUCCGAUCGCACAGACUUUUGUUACAGGUGGAUACGAGCAUAAAGACAAUAACACUCAUGCCUCGCCCGAAGCAUAG